AUGCAAAGUCACUCAGAACAUCGGUUUCUCCUCCCGAAGAAAAGUCUGCUUGUUAAAAACGUACAAGUUCCGAAGAUGAACUCAGACGAGUUGAUGCCCGAUUCGGCUCCGGAUGCCAUCCCCGCCAACAACGGCAACGGCAACGGCAACGGCAACAGUAACAGCAGCGCUGCAGUUACAUGGAACACCAAGAAGUUCAGGGACGACUAUGAUAUGAUCAAGAUUAGAUUGACGGAUCAGAGAUUCAGUUCAACUAAUUUCAGAGACCCUCUUAUGCCGUGUCCUCCCCAUCACAGACAGUACCCAGGACAUAGCACACCUGCAACGGAGAAGCGUCUGAAGGAGUUGAUAGCCAGGAUCAAAGGCUCUCCCAUGAAUGAUGGUGAUGGUGAUGUCUAG